UCUCCAACACCUGACAACGAUACCUCUGUCUCUGAAAAUGGAAGGAAUAAAGAAAACUUCAUCUGACCGUCCUCUCCAUUUCACUGUUUCAUUUACAACCGUCGAUUACGCUAUUGCAACCCUCGCUUUCAUCUACAGUGGAGCUUCUUCUUCGUUAUUUUUAGCACCCAUUUUAGAGGGAAGUGAGUGACUCCUCCCAGCUCCUUCCAGCAAGAAACUCAAAGCUCGCCGGCCAUACAGCUUCGAGAUUCUUUUCCCUGCAUUCCGGCGAAGGGCCAACUCUAACUCCAAACCGUUUCAAGAAUCUCUUCUCGGGUGGGCUAGUUUCUGGGAAAUAAAUUCUCAGUGGUUAUCAUUAACUUAUCAGACUUUUGGAGAUCUUGGUGGUCCACCCCUUCGACGAUAUGGAGCUGGGUUCCAUUUGGAUGGUCCUGAUAUGCAUACUCGGAUUUUUUUUGGCUCUGAAAAGGAUUCUACAGAGAGUUAAUGGGUGGCUCUAUGAAACCAAACUGGGUGAAAUUCAGUAUUCAUUGCCUCCAGGUGAUUUGGGUUGGCCUUUCAUUGGCAAUAUGUGGUCAUUUCUAAGAGCUUUCAAGUCCACUGAUCCUGAUGCUUUCAUGCACUUCUUUACCACCAGAUAUGGACGUACUGGAAUCUACAAGGCCUUCAUGUUUGGAAGACCUAGUGUGUUUGUGACAACGCCUGAAACAUGCAAAAGAGUACUAAUUGAUGAUGAUGCUUUUAAGCCCGGUUGGCCUAGCUCAACCAUGGAGCUCAUUGGAAAGAAAUCCUUCAUUGGUAUUUCUUAUGAAGAGCACAAGCGUCUCCGACGGCUGACUGCAUCUCCUGUCAAUGGUCAUGAAGCUCUGUCCCUCUAUCUGGACUACAUUGAAGAAAAUGUGAUAUCUGCCUUGGACAAAUGGGCCACCAUGGGACAAAUUGAGUUCUUGACUGAACUCAGGAAACUUACUUUCAGGAUCAUAAUGUAUGUCUUCCUUAGCUCUGAGAGUGAGCCAGUCAUGGAGGCCUUGGAGAGGGAAUAUACAGCACUUAACUAUGGGGUUAGAGCCAUGGCCAUCAAUCUUCCAGGGUUUGCUUACCACAAAGCACUCAAGGCUCGCAAAAACCUUGUGGCUUCUUUACAAUCCAUAGUAGAUGAGCGCAGAAGUAGAAGGAAGAACAGUAUUUCAUCAAAGAAGAAAGACAUGAUGGACGCUCUGAUGGAUGUUGAUGAUGAAAAUGGUAGAAAAUUGACAGACGAAGAAAUAAUUGAUGUUCUGUUGAUGUACUUGAAUGCAGGCCAUGAAUCUUCUGGUCAUGUCACAAUGUGGGCUACUAUUUUCCUUCAGGAGCACCCAGAAUUUCUCCAAAAAGCUAAGGAAGAGCAGGAGGAAAUCAUAAAAAGGAGGCCACCAACACAGAAGGGAUUGACACUUAAAGAAGUUCGAGACAUGAAAUAUCUUUCUAAAGUGAUUGAUGAAACACUUCGUUUGAUAACAUUUUCACUUGUGGUUUUCCGAGAGGCAAAAGCAGAUGUCAAUAUGAACGGAUAUGUCAUCCCCAAGGGUUGGAAAGUUCUUGUAUGGUUCAGAAGUGUUCACUUGGAUCCUGAAAUCUAUCCAAAUCCAAAGGAAUUUAAUCCUUCCCGGUGGGAUAAUUAUACAGCCAAAGCAGGAACCUUCCUUCCCUUCGGAGCAGGAAGUAGGAUGUGCCCUGGAAAUGAUUUAGCAAAGCUUGAAAUCUCCAUCUUUCUGCAUCAUUUUCUCCUUAAUUAUGAGCUUGAACGUCUCAAUCCUGGAUGUUCAUUAAUGUACUUACCUCAUUCAAGACCGAAAGACAACUGCUUUUCAAGAAUCAAGAAAAUUCAAGAUUCACUUAUGAAGAAACAGAAAUGAAGAAACAACAAACAUUAAAUCCAUACAUAAAGGACAAGCCAACAUUGCAUACCUAAGGUUGGUUGGUUAUAUUGUUGUAUCCGCACCAUGAAAUCUUUAAUAUCAAAAUGGUUUGAAGCCCUCUAA